AUGGCUGGUGAACUUAUACUCCUUACCGGAGGCUCAGGACAUCUCGGUUACCGCACGCUCGUUGAAGCCUUAUCAAAAGGCUACAAAGUCCGCGCUGCUGUUCGAUCAGAUGCGAAAGUUGCCGAAAUCAAAGCAGCUAAAUCCACUCAACCCUAUAUUGACCAGCUGUCGUUCAUUCUGGUCCCAGAUAUAACCCAGGAGGGUGCCUUCGAUCAGGCCGUUCAAGGCGUUGACUAUAUCGUACAUCUUGCAUCCCCGCUCGGAAUACCGUCCGACGACGAUGAGGCGAAUAUCAUUCAACCGGCUAUUCGUGGAACCUUAAGCAUACUUCGAUCGGCCAUGAAAGAGAGCAAAAUACGACGUGUCGUUAUCACCUCGUCUAUUGCGGCUGUUGCACCUGCCACGAACGGAAGCACCAAACCAACGCAACCGUACACAGCAGACAAUGUCCUACCAGAUCCACAAGGUCCAUAUCCAAAUCCGUUCGCAGCAUAUGCCGCUAGCAAAGUGCUCGCCCACAACAGGGCUCGGGAUUUUAUCGCAAAGGAGAAACCAAACUUCACAGUGAUCAACAUUAUGCCCACCUUUGUGAUUGGCAAGAACGAACUGGCAACAACGCCGCAGGCUGUCGUCUCGGGCUCCAAUCGAAUUGCACUUGCGGCUCUCCUCGGAUCGAAACAACCUCAAGGUCCACCAGGUGCCGCAUGCCAUGUCGAUGAUGUUGCUUUCGUUCAUAUUGCUGCACUGGACCCGAAGAUCGAAGGCAAUCAAAACUUUGGACUCAACUACAAUGGAGCCAAGGGCAUCGUUUGGGACGAUGCAAUUGACAUUGUCAAGAGACAUUUUCCAAAGGAAGUCGAGAGUGGCAUAUUUCCGCUCGAUGGCUCGUCACCAUCGGUGCCCGCGGCGUUUGAUGCAAGCAGGACAGAAGAGGUAUUCAAUUUCAAGCAAAAGAACUUCGAAGAUAUGAUCGUAAGCCUUGCUGGGCACUACGCUGCGGUUUCUGCAAAGCUAUAA